GCAAAAAUGGAAGAAAAGCUUUCACAGCAUGACAUUGCCAGCUAUACUGCCCAAAGACACCAGUUAUUGUGCGGGCAAGCUUCUAUUAGUGUCAACUAGGCUGUUGGUGGUGAUAUGGUGACUAAUUGGUACUAAAAAACAUGUUUCAAACGAGGUUCAAUGUUUGGAUAAUUGCCAACUAACAAAUCAUCAGUUACAGUUGGAAACAAUGUACAAACAAAAACCCACUGUCAUGUAGACUAAGUGUUCCUUUGUGUUGAACAUGAUUAUUCCAAUCAUCAUAAUAUAAUAACAUGGGCUAUUUAAAGGACAUAAUUUCCUGCCACAAACAAAACAUUGCAAUGAACACCAGUGUCAAAAAAGCAUAGACAUUGUGAGUUCACAAAAAAAAAAGGGAAGUAACAACAGGUCCAGCAACAUCUGUUUUCUAGCAGCAGUACAACAGUUGAACUGUUCUGAAAGUUACAUCGUGCUCUGGUGAAAAGUACUCUGAGAGAUCUGUUGAAAGCAGUUUAAAAAAAAAAAAGAGUUUUCAACUGGAGAUGACUAAUAAUGUAUCUACUUAAAGACGGCUAGUUACGUAGCUUUCUCACUCGUCUCAAUGAGCUGUCACAAAAGCAAUGGUGAGACCUUUUGCUUAUGGACACAUGCACAACAACUAAUGAGGACAAAUAUUUCUAGAAGUAGGUAGUUUACACUGCCUUUGGAUAAGCCAGGAUUUGCAGAGUAAUAACACGCCCACACUCAUGUAUUCUGUACCUGUGGUCUCAAUGUUCCGAGCACUGAUUAAGCAGAUUUGAUCAUGCAUGGGUGGGCCGGGCGGACCUCAUAUACAAUUCUGGCUCAAAGUAGCCCUUACUGCACAGAAUCUACAGUUUUCAGAAAUGUGGCACUUUGGGCAAUUCUCAAUUCAACUCAUUUUGGUUUCAUUUCCUCCAAUUAUAGACACGAAGCCAUACUGUCCAUACUUUUUACAGUCAUCGGUGAACACUAACUAAGCACUCUCUAGGAGGAUGCAGAUUCACCAAAAACAACUCACACUUGAACAAAACAAAACGCUGUAACAACCAAUCAACAUGAAGCCAAAUUAGUACAUUUCUAGGCAUCCAAAAGAGUCUCCUAUGAAUUUGUUAUGGGUGUAUAUAACCUGAUACCUUAUUAGACUGAUUAGUGAGAUCUUAACAAACCUGCAGCUGUUGGCCUAAAGGGAAAUGCACAUCACUUUCAACAGGCUAAACUAAAACCCACUAAAAAAAAAAAACCAUUACAUGAACAGCCUACCUUAUAUAAGACAAUCAAUGCAGUCAACUCAUUCUCCUAUACAUAAGGUGGAUCUAUUCCCCUGUGAACCUGUAAGUGCUUGAAUUGAAUGAGUGUGACCUAGGUGCUGCAGCAAGCAAAAUUGGUAACUUGUUGAAGAAAAUGGAUUAUUGUUUGUGUUGUGGAAGACAUGAAACUAAUCAUAUCAACUACUAGAUAAGCUGUGUCCACAAUGACUCGCCUUAAAUAUGAAGGAACUCUAGGCCUACUGUUUCUCAGAAAAGACUGAAGUAAGAAUUAUGUUGUACAUAAUAAGCGGGGAAAAAUGGAAUCAUCCAUUAACCUGUUCUUCAACUGCUUUCUUAAUUUUUUGUAUUUGACAAAUAGCCUAAAUUGGUCUUAAAAUAAGAUUAUUUUUGGAGAGUGAUUUAAAAAAAAAAAAUCCUCAUACUUCUAAAUAUAUAUUUAUAUAUAUAAACAUUUAAAAAUGUUUACAUUUACAAAACCCUGAAAUAUGUAGGGUUAUGUGAAAUGUGGAUGAUGGUUAACUGUAAUUAGUCGAUUUGGCAGUGUAAGAGUGUGGGACCAAAUUGUAAUCCUGAGGGAUAUGGCCAGGACCUUCAUAGACUGCCUGGCUGAAAUCUCCUGGCCCCCGGAUAUGCGUGUCGCUGCGUGAAAGCCGCUACUGUCUCUUUAAAUUUACCCAGGAGCCCCUUAAGGAGCCCCAGGGGCCCCUAGCUCGGCUCCCCACCCUGAAGACAAGCUGAGUCUCAAAAUACGUCCAGGAGGCCGUUACAAAACCGACCGACCAAAAUCUGACAGGCCCUUUCGUCGAUUCCUCACAUGGAUUUAUGACCGACAGUGUGGUAUCGAUGCAUAAAAAGUUAAGUUGACUCGCGCACUGAGGGGCACCGCACACCACUGCACUUACAGGAAUGGGUGCGUGCGUGUUUCAAAUAGCUCACUAAAGCGCCUGCCGAAUGACUCAAAAAGCACCUCCGUCCGUGGCACUGCUACAAAGACGACGUAGGAACCGCUUUCAACACAACGACGUUACAUAGGUAUGGAAAAACAGGAACCGAAGGCAACCGAGGUCCAAUCGUGCGCUGAGCAGACAGAUUGCCUCUCAUUAAUAAUAAGCGGUGAGGAGGAGACGAUAGAAGAGCCGACGGACUUUGGAGUUCCUUUGGGAGGUGAGGAUGUCAUCACUAACGGCCACGGUCAGGAGGAGGAGGAGGAGACGGGGAUCCCCUCAGGUUCACCGCACACCACCUACUGGAGUGUCAGUGAAGACCCAGACUCCCCUUUCCUCCUGUCCCCAAUCCCUGGCCCCUCUCAGCGCAACCCCAGCCCUACACCAUCGCUGGGAACGCCACCACCGGCCCGGCCCGAACGGGCCUCCCGACCGGGCCUGAGCCGCAUCCCGGGACGGGACCACCGCCGCUACUACCACGAGUACUGGCGCAGCGAGUACCUAAUGGACUUCGACCCGCGACGACACGGGAUGAUCUGCAUGGUGUGCGGCAGCUCGUUGGCCACGCUCAAGCUGAGCACCAUCAAGCGGCACAUCCGGCAGAAGCACCCGGACUCGCUGCUGUGGAGCGCCGCCGACAAGGAGCUCAUCCGGCAGGGCUGGGAGAGCCACCUGGGACUGGAAGCCAGGCAGAGGCCCUUCUACUCAGGUGUUGGAGGAGAAGAUGGUGGAGGAGGAGGGGGAGAGGGCGAAGAGGAUGGAGGAGGGGGCGGAGUGGGAGCAGCAGCGCCUGAGGAGAUGCUGGACUGUGCCAUGCGCUCAACAGGUGUGCGUGGUAAACUGACUGCUAUGACCCCCAAACGGACACCACCAUCGGACAACAGCAGCUGUAGCAUGACCCCCGCCUCUCCCCCAUCCCUCCCGGCCAGGGAGGAGUUGCAGAUGCCCUCGGCCCAGACCCUGGAGCGGUACCUGAACGACUCGCUGCACGCCUGGUUCCGCCAGGAGUUCCUGAUGGAGUACCAGGCGGAGGCGGGCCAGCUGGUGUGCAUGGUGUGCGGGAGCGCGCUGCCCUCACUCCACCUGGACCACAUCAAGAGCCACGUGCUGGACCUCCACCCCAACUCGCUAGUGUACAGCUCUGAGGAGAAGCACUGCAUCCUGCAGAGCUGGGCACAGACCCAUGAAUCGGAAACCAGCCCUCUGCCAGAAUUUUUCAAAUUGGAGCCCGACGCCAAAGACCCCAACGACUCCACCCAUCCCACCGACUCCAUGCACCCCACCAGUUGUAUGGGCUUCCUCCCGCAGGACGUCGACGAUCUCCUCACCCCCAUCCCUACUGACACACCCCUCGAGAUCAACAGCAACAACAACAGCAACAACUCCUCCGCCUCGCCCUCUCUCCCUCUACCACCUCCUCCCCCCCUUCACCACCACCCCCACCGCCCGCCACGUAAGCGGCAACUGCGGGACGGGUUCCCGUGGCGACUGCGCCUGGACUACAUGGUGGCGUAUGGGCCGCAGGGAACGGGCUGCUACUGCAUGGUUUGCUGGCAGGCGCUGUCCGUGGCCAAGGUCAGCGGCUUCAGGCAGCACAUCCAGGAGAACCACCCGGAGACCACCAGGCUGAGCCGACGCGAGAGGGAGCAGGUGGCCGACGCCUGGGUCCGGGACGUGCCCUCGGGGGGGCAGGACAGAGACAGGACCGUGGUGAAAGCUGAGUCUGCAGGAGACCUCAUUGCCCUUUCCUUAUCGGAUGGAGUGGACAGCCAGACAUCUCCCAAAAGGAGCAGUGGACAGACCAAAUCAAAGAAUCAGGACGGCGUCAGCCCCAAGGGCGCGGCCAAAAACGGCCCUGCAUCCACAACUACGGCGACCGCGUCCGGCGACCCGUCGCCGGCCUCCUCCUUGGGACGGCACGGCCACUACCCGGGCAAGGACCAGCGGCGCAACUACCAGGUGCGCUGGCGCACGGAGUACCUGAUGGACUACGACUGCCAGCGGCACGGGCUCAUCUGCAUGGUGUGCGGUGCCACGCUGGCUACGCUCAAGGUGAGCACCAUCAAGCGGCACAUCCAGCAGGUGCACCCGGCCUCGCUGGCCUACGGACCCGAGGAGCGGCAGCAAGCCCUGCAGGCCUACGGACACACCGCGCCCCACUACGUCCACGCCGACGACUGCUUCUCCGCUCAGGAUCACGGGCAGGCAGCGCAUGCCAGCCUGUUUGUUACUUAACACGGGAGAGAGGGAGAAAGGGAGGAUGCUUUUACUGAUGAGGAUGGGUUUCAUUCUCUCGGUUUCUCUUUCUUUCACUUUUUCUGUAGCUGUGGCCAGUGAUGGUCUGCUUGUCACUUCAUGAAAGAAAAAAGAAAGAAAGACAGAAAGAGGGGCGGAUGUGUGUUGUUCUGGUCCUUCCUCACACUCCCUUCCUCUUUUACUUUGACUUUGUCCUUUUGUUUCGUUCGUUUUCUCAGGAAAUGGGAAUGAAAGCUGAUUUUUCCAAGGCUGUUGCAAAAUGCUUUAGUGAUUUAUUUUUUUCCUCCUUUUUUCUGUAGUGCACUUUUUUCCCCCUUAAACACAAGCAUGUUACAAAGGAGCAAUUGUGAAAGGAAACUUCACAUUACAAAUAGGCCUAUCACUUAAAUUGCAGAUGCAUACAGCCUCGUUUAUGAUCUUGUGAUCCUUUAAGGAAGAUCUUGUUCGUAAAUGUGGUGUUUGGUCGACUCUGGUUUCUCCUUUCCCAACCUAUUUAGCUACACACUAAAUUUUGUAUGAAAGUGGUUAUGGACAACCACAUCUACUUUAAAAAAAAAGUACUUUUAUGUUCGGAAAACUUUAAUUUGGACUGCACUUUCUUAUUAUCCUCAGUUUAAAGAUGAUUACACUGAGAAGAAAAAAUAAAUCUUUUUUUAAUUUUUUUUUACAAGCACUUUUAUGCAAUGCUAUUUGUACACCAACAAGGUUUGUAGAGAUGCCCUUUUGUAUGGAAACCCAGAGAGAGAGAGAGGGAGAGAUUGUGUGUGUGUGUGUGUGUGUGUGUGUGUGUGUGUGUGGGUGCUAAGAUUACACUACGUAUUCCAUUUUGCAUGGAGGUGGUCAUGCAUGGUUUUCGGAAAGCAUGUUUCUUAUCUGUCGGAGAGCCAAGCUUGCCCAGGGCUGGUCUCUAAAGCUGGCAUCUAAAGUGGCACUAACUAGCACUCAAAGCCUCCAUGAAGGUGCUCAACGGUGUGAAUGCUUUGGCUAAAUUAUGGGCUAUAAAACCUGUUUUAUUUUUCUUUCAUUUUUCCUCUUUAUUGUUUCACAUUCCAUGCAGUCCAUAUUUGGAUGACCUUGAGAGGGCGAGCAUGCAGAACAGUUAGGAGUAGGUCGGGUUGUAACGACCUCCCUCACACCAAAUUGUUUUGAAUCUGAAGAAUGUGACCCAUGUCUGUAGACACUGGUUAGUGGGGCGUUCGGGCCUCUGAAAGGGCUAAGGUAGCCAUUCCGUUGUACAGGUGUGUGUCAAGCACCCUGAUAACAUCUAGUUUGUGGCUCAGUUCUACAGUACUGUAGCGUACAGUAUGUGUGGAGAGUUACAGUGACACCAAAUUGAGACUUGUGAAGUGUCUCUUGGUUUAUAUCCCCCAUUUUGAGUGCACUUGAGGUUGCAACAUUGACUGUGUUAUUCACAGCUGAAGGAUGACAGCAGAUAAGUGGGAGGCAGAGAGAGUCAAGGUUUCCAAAAAUUCCUAACCAGGCCUUUUGAGGCCGAUCUGGAAGACAGCACAACCUUUAGCCCUCAGGGCUGAACUGACGGGUUACAACAGCUAGCCUAGAGCUUGUGUAGGAUCGAUCCACAACAAGAUUUUAGUAUCUCCAGAACCUUGACUUUUGUGCUUUACAGUACCAUUCCAAAACCCAAUCCUCUGCUUCCGACUAUGGGGCCUACUUAGUGGGGCGACAUGACCCCUGAACUCACCAGGUCAGAGACCUCUACUUGUACUGGUGGAUGAAACGUCAAAAUUUCAUCAAUCAAUGAAGCUUACCGUUCUCAGCGACUUGCGCUGCAUGUCUGAAAAUAUCACCUCCCGGUCUGUUGUCUGUAACAGCCUCUCAAUUGGAGGGGCGGCUGAUUAUAAGAACUGCUUUUCGGACUGUCAUCGACCGAAUGUGGACAAAGCUUUUUCUAUAUGUGGAAUAAGUGGCACGUUCCCAUCUCAAAGGUUGUUCUCCGACCAUGACAAUUGUUAAUGGGUUUUUUAGCCAACCUAACGUGUAAUUUAAUUUGUUCCAGGUGUCCAAGGCAUGUGUCUGUGCAAGCUGUGAAGUGCUAGUUUUGGGCAAAAUGCACAAACUGCGGAGAUAAUGCGUGAAUCAAAUCCGUAGCAUUGCCAGUAUGUAAAUCUCAAACAUGCUUCCAAUGGGUCCCUCAGAACACUGGAACACUGGAAAUUGUGAAAGGAGGGUCCUGGAGAAAAAUCCUGAGCAAUCAAAUCAAAUUCAAAUCAAAUUAUUCACGGAAUGAAUACACAUGGUGUGAGAGGCUGAAAGUCUUCAUCUUUGGUAGGAAUAGAAAUGGCAUUUUGUUAUUCACAGUGUUACACACAUCUGUAUCCCAACGUUCAAACACAUGGUGGAGAAGGCUGGAUGUUUUUGCUAUUGGCUUUCUAAGCAUCUGCCAAACCUUGUAAUAAAAAAAUUAAAAAACAUGAAAAAAAAAAAA